AUGGGACCUACUGGAACUGGCAAAACUUCGUUCAUCAACCUAUUGAGCGGGUCCAAUCUUCGCGUUGGAAACGACCUUGAAUCAUGCACUGGCGAUGUACAGAUAUCAAAGCCUUUCGUCCUUGAUGGGCAUAUAAUCACUUUGAUUGACACUCCUGGGUUUGACGAUACGAGACUCAGCGAUACGAGCGUCCUAAAUAUGAUCGCAGCCUACCUGGCAUAUUCACAUGAAUGCGGCAAAAAAUUGACUGGUGUUAUCUACAUGCACCGUAUCCUCGACAAUCGUAUCGGAGGUAUAUCGGCUCGAAGCUUUCGCCUAUUCCGCAACCUCUGCGGCGAUGCGACCCUUUGCAGCGUUAUUAUUGCGACUACGAUGUGGGAUCAAGUUGGAGUAGAGGUCGGGGAGGAGCGAGAGAAGGAGUUGGCGACAAAAGACGUCUUCUUUCGGCCUGCACUGAGCAAGGGUGCCCGAAUGGCCCGUCAUUCAAACACCCUCGAAUCUGCUCAGACCAUCAUACGAUCACUUCUUCAAGAAGGUUCGCAGUCGGUCACUCUCCAGAUCCAAGAAGAGCUGGCUCGUGGUUUCGACAUUUCAGAAACCAAUGCGGGGAAGGAGCUCAGUCGAGAACUAUUCGAGCAGAUGGCGAGACAUCGAGAGGAACUGAAGGGACUGAUGGCGGAGAUUCAUGAGGCGGCGAGGGCGAGAGACGAAGAAAGUCGCAAAGAACUGGCCCAAGAGCGCCUCAGGAUGGAAUCGGUCAUCGCGCGACUACAGUUCGACUCGACAAACCUCGUGAGAGGGUACAAGGACGCGCUAACGAAGGUGGAGGAGCGUUUACGGAUAACCGAGGCGUCCACAGCCGCUGCAUCCCAUCUGUCGGGAUCUUUCCAGGCUUCAGCGAUGCCGGGAACGGUGACGAAGCCCGCGGGAGGGAACGAAUAUCCAGGGCAGCAAACCCAUUCUCCUAUCGUUCAGGCCGUGGCAGCGACAGAAAAUAGCAAUGCCGUCCUGGAAGGGAAGCUCGCCGCCGCCGUACCCGUGGUGGGGUUCUGGGGCAGACUGGCCGUAAUGCUGGCUCCCUUCUCUUUGACUUGGAAAUAA